GAACUCUCAGUCUCUCAGGUAGCCUCCCUUGUAUAACCUUUUUCAUUGCUGGAGUUUCUAGAGGGAGAAAAAUCUAGUUUGAGGUUUCCCCAUCUCCAUAGAGUAUUGUUAUAGAAGGAGCAAUUAUUAGGGUUUUUCUUUUUCUCUCUGUAGAGCUUGAAGGGAAUGGAGGUGAUAACAGAGGGAGUUUCGAACAUAAACAUCUCGGAUUCUUCUUCUGCCAACAAGAAGAACCGAAUCCAAGUCUCUAACACCAAAAAGCCCCUCUUCUUCUAUGUUAACCUCGCCAAGAGGUACAUGCAGCAGCACAAUGAGGUGGAACUCUCAGCUCUUGGAAUGGCCAUUGCAACAGUUGUUACAAUUGCUGAGAUCUUGAAGAACAAUGGACUGGCUGUUGAGAAAAGAAUCAUGACAUCUACUGUAGACAUGAGGGAAGAAACAGGAGGACGCCCUGUUCAGAAAGCAAAGAUUGAAAUCUUGCUUGGAAAGACGGAGAAGUUUGAUGAGUUGAUGGCUGCUGCACAGGGGGAAAUCAUAGACAAUGAGGAGCAGAGCUAAAGCUCGAGACGAGUUUCCUUAAAAGUCAGCAUGUUCUUAGUGUCCAAGUUGUGAACCUCUAUUAGUUAUUCUUAAUGUUUUUUAAAUUAAUUUUCACUAGCUGCCAUGACUUUUCUAGGAUUUCUUUUUCUUCUUUAUCUGUUUGUAAAAAAUUAUGUUUUUCUUGUUAAAAAUUCAAAAUUGUUUAAAGUUCAUGCUUCCUCAAGGAUAAUCCGCUUUUACCAACCAAACUAUCAUAUCUACACUUCAGGUUGA